AAGAAGGAGAGAUCCACAGCGUACUUCACAGCGUUCAUGCGCGCUCUGUGCGUAAAGUCUGGAUUUUGGCUUCCACAGAAAAUAGUUGUGGCAAUUCUGUUAUAACUCAUUAUGUUUAUUUUGUUGGACUCAACAAAACAUGAUAGACUUUAAAGAUUAAUUUAGGGAAAUUCUUCGUUUUAUGCACUCCUUUCAAUAAAAAAAGGACAAGAAAUGAACAGCAGGGAUGGUGACAGUCCCGUGCCAAAACAGGCGCACCGGGGACAAAGACAGCCCAAGGCGCAAAACGUUUUCAGCAUGAAGAAGAACCGAACCCCAUCGAGUGUGCAAACCAAAGAUGCCCCAGGCUCAUCCAGGUCAACCGGGACUAUACGGCGCAUCGUGGGCAAAGGGAAUGAAAUUAAAUCGGAGAAAGGGACGUGUACAGGAAAUGGCGUGCCAUGCGUUACCGAGUGCCAAAAUAAUCAAAUCACACUUAGGAAACUAUCUGAUGCCAGAAAUGCUUCGGGGGAUUUGAGCAAGGACUCAGAUUGCGUCUCGGGGAAGCUAUCAUCAUCCGACAGCAGUUCUGAAAUGUCUGACUGCACGGAGGGAUUUCGGACUGCAUCAGAGGAAAACCAACUUUCUGCGGACACUCUGUCUCCAAGCAGCGAGACUGGAUCAAGUGUUCGAGACGGAGAUGCAAAUAGUGACAGGUUGAGUGGGAAUGCUCUAAACAGUGUUUCCGAUAUGAGUACUGGAGGCAACCCAUUCACACGGAUAGGCAUAUCACAUGACAAUUCCAUCAUGCAUUCUGGUAGGGGUGGAAACUAUCCCUGGACAUCUCCUGGAUGUGGAGGGUCUCUUCUUCCUUCGCUGAAUGUCAGUGUAGCAUCCCUGUCUUAUUCAGAACUGACCGGGGAGCUCGUGGACGAGACGCACGAGGAUCUUGUCAGAGAAAACGACGACUUGAGAUCAGAAAAUGAGUAUUUGAAAGAUGAGAUGGAGGAGCUGCGCUGUGAGAUGCUGGAGAUGCGGGAUCUGUUCCUGGAGGAUGAGGUGUAUCAGCUGCAGGAGCUGCGGCUGCAGCUGGAGCAGGCCAAUAAGAUGUGUCGCAUCCUGCAGUACCGCCUCCGAAAGGCUGAGCGACGCAGCCUCAGGGUGGCCCAGACAGGCCAAGUGGACGGGGAACUAGUCCGCUCCCUGGAACACGACGUCAAGGUAGCAAAGAGUGUAUCCCUCCGCCUACACAAUGAGUUGGAGUCAGUGCAGAAGAAGAACUCCCGGCUAGAGUGGGAGAAUGAGGCACUGCGGGAGAUGCAGCAGGAGCUGGAGGUGGCAAAGCAAGUUCUGCAGGCCGAGAUGGAGAAAGCCAGAGAGAGUUCUUUGAAGAGAAAAAAUGUCAGAUCACCAACCAACAAGACUGAGAAGAAGCUGUCGUCUCAGGAUGACAGUGCUGAUCUGAAGUGCCAGCUCCACUUCGCCAAGGAGGAAUCAUCUCUCAUGUGCAAGAAGCUGGCCAAGAUGGUGUCGGAGAGUGAGGGCAUGCGUGAGGAACUGGCAAAGUUCCGCUCAGCCUACGGAGACGUAGACGCUGCUGCCCACUCCUCUGAGGGUGCCACUGCUAAGUCCCCGCACACCAGGGAGGCAGAGGUCAAGGUUCACCUGCGGCUGGUGGAGGAGGAAGCAACGCUCUUGAGCCGCCGUAUCGUAGAACUGGAGGUGGAGAACCGUGGCCUCCGGGCGGAGAUGAGCGACAUGAGGGAUAGUGGAAGAGUAGGAGGAGAGGAGGAAGAGGAGUCAUUGCAGGAAGGUGUCGGGGAACAUGGGAAUUUACCACCAGCCCAUCUUAGGGAUGCAGAGGAAGGUGAAAGGGGUUUGACAAUGGAGUACAUCCAGUUUGAGGAGGCGGCGAGGGAGAGACAGAGGAGAUGCGUGAUUAAGUGUUCUCAGGAGGAGGUGAUUGAAAUACAGCAUAGAGACCAAUCCCAGAGAGAGAGGGUGGGUCCCCUCAAACAGAUCCCUCGAGAGGGGCCUGUAGGUGGGGAACGGGAGCCCCUGGACAACCAGCAGAGUGAUACAUGCAGAGGCAUUGUUGCCAAUGCCUUGAAUGUGAAAGAUCAUGAGGCCCUCCUUGCCUUGCGAGAUCAUGCCUGCCUUGUGACUUCAGCUAUCCAACUUCUUGCCUCACCAACCCAAAAUGGCCACAGCUCCCCUGCCUUAUCUCCCCACCUCCCCCGGGCAAAGUCUUACCCUCAGGGUAAAGCCCAGCCUCUGGCUCUGGACCCACUCAUGCAAGGCCACCUGUAUGAGGCUCUGGAGCUUUUGAAGGCCAUGCUGUUGGCCUUAAUUGUGAGGGUGGAGAACCUGGUGACACCAGGAGGACAGUUGAGGGUUGAAGGGGAUCCCAUCACCAUCCCCUCCCUGGCUGAUCAGGACACAAAGAACAACACAGAGGUCUUAGCCAAGCAUGAAAAUGGCGAAGGCCUGUGCACAGUAGUGCUGAAGGAGAAAGUGAAAUGGGCAACACACCUGGACAGCUGCAUGGACCCCAUGAUGCAGCUGACCUUAAAGAUGCUCUGGGUCCUCCAUCAGCACUGUCUAAGGAAGGGAUCUGGCCAGGAGGGCAAGGAGAGCAGAGAUCCUACGACCAUGUCUAUGCUACACGGGCUGCUGCAGUAUUUGGGUACAGAGCUGCAGGACUCAGAGGACAGUAUAGCAGGACAGGAUUCCAAGGCCACAUGGGCAUCAGACUGGAAUGACUUAAUCUCCAAGAUGGAGUGCAACACUGGUAAGACUAGGGCACAGGGUUAUUCAGUCCAGCCAAGUCACCCUAUGGACACACAGAGUGAGAUGACUGAGACAGGAAAUAAGAUCAGACCAGAAAGUUCUACAUUUGGGUCCAAUAAGAAGAACUGGUGCUAUCUCAGCCAUGAGGCAGCUCAGUUGGACAGAGGGGACCCGUUUAAGACCUGGGACCAUCCCAUCAUGCCCCCGAGCUUCCACAAUCUGCACUUGGACCAGUUGUCCCUGGACAGGAGCCACACUGCCCCAGAGAAGACCGUCCUCCGCAUCUACUACAGUCCCCUGUCUGCAAGGAGAGUCCAUCUGGUUCAUCUGAGGCACAGCUCCAACACUGAUAGAAAUGGUACUACCAGUGUAAUCUCCACCAGACUUAGUACGUCCCAAAGCUCUCUCACUCCCCUAUGUCUGAGGCUCUCCGCUAACUUGAGCGACGACAUGAAGGAGAUGACAGCUAGCUUACGACAGGCAGUUCACUCCAGUUCGCCAGAGAGGAGGAAGGGGAGGGUGAUCAUGAGUGGGGGGUGGACGGUGGAUGUGGCCACCUCAGGGACUCAGACCCAGAUGCACCCACAGAUGGUGAGUGUGGGUAUACAGACAGAUGGGCCCUACAGUAUAGGUGCAGUGAGAGCCUCCCCUUCACGGCUUUCUGCCCGUGCUCAACAGAUUUCUACUUCCCUGGAGAGGCUCCCAGGUAGGACAGAAAGGCCCAAGUCUGGCUCCACCUCCCCAAAACUGUAUCGCAGACACUCUGCCUCUGCAUCUUCCAUCUCCCCCUCCUGCUCUUUCCCUUCUUCCACAACUGGUUUCACCACCACCAUGUCCAACACCACAACACCCAACUCCUCCACCGCCUCCUCUGCCACCCCAGGCAGCGAGCGUAUUUUAUGGGGCUUGUCCCAUCGUGGUCCAGCUGGGUCGACAUGGGCCCGUCCCACCAAUCCCAGAGCCGGUCCAGGGCUUGUCCACCAUAGUACAAUAAACAGUGAGUUGAGCAGUGGUGGAAACACUAAACCCACCAGCAAACCUGCCGGGGCCAACCGGUACGGCCUAGUCACUGAGUUCCUACGCAAAAUGAGUGGUCGGGCAGACAAGCCAGCCCCAGCAUCAGCAUCAGGCGGGGGUCAGAAGGGGAAAUGCAGUCCAACUCAUAAAACCCUAGAGCGAGGGCCCUCUCGUCCCCCUGCUGCACCAGUACACAGGAACGACAGUGUCACCAGGAUUGUGAACCAGAGGUUCAUGAAGCAGAGAGAGGAAGCGUGCCGGGGCCAUAUAUGCCCCAGUCAGGCCCACAGUCAGAACCAGGCUGUCAGAAAAGAACCUAGCCUGGAGAGUAACGUGACACUGGAGGAUAGGAACUAUGAAUGUAGCAGUUCCAAGUCCUUGUCCUUCUGCUUCGCCCGAUCAUCUCGCUCCUCCACCCAACGAAACGCCUUGACCCCGACCAAGCUACAGCGACAUAGAUACUCCUCUGCUGUAAACGGUGGUGGGGUUGGAGAGCCCAACUCCAACUGUGAAUGAGGGGGUGGAGGCAGUAACACAUUGACACCACUGGACAGCUGAUAAAGAUUACGAGGGACAUGGUGAAUCCAAGGCCUGGAAUGUUCCGGAAUUCUGCAUUCAGCAGUCAGGAUGAAGGGACAGGAUGGAAGUACUUUAGAAGCCAUUAUGAUAAGGGUUGCAGUUAUUUCAGAUACAUACAUGCCUAUUAUUUGUGCUUGAAUUCGUUGUUUUCUUUCAGUUCAGCCCAUGGCACUUCAUGCUUUUACAAUAUGCAACAACCUUUCUUGGGUCCACCAAAGCAGUUAAAGUUGUCAGUAGUCAUUGAUUUUGUAUUAGCUUAUAGAACUAAAUAAUAUCUUGUAUGAAUAUUGUCAGGAUGAAUAAACUAUACUAUGCCAUGCUGAACUGUAAUUCAUGUUGUCCAUGCUUGUAGUUCACAUACUGUACUGUCGUCCUGUGGCUGUCUGUUAACCCUCUGGGUCAGUUGAGCUCAUCUGUCACAAAUUCAUGACAUAUAAGAGCAAAGUUGACAGUUCACCUUGAGACCUACCUCGGCCACAGACACGUGGGUCUUAGAAUAGGAUAGGGUAUAUGGCCAGCUGUUCAUUAUGUGUAACAUGCAGACAAAUUAAGGGGAGACCACACUACGCAGUUGAUGAGAUCAGAUGUCCUGUCACUGUGCAGUCAGUGAAGCCUCACUGUACAUCCCUCACUCUCUACCUCCCACUCUGACUUUCCCUCCUGAUUUCAACAAUGGUUUCCCCAGAUCUGCUAAUCCAAUUGUAUAGUGCAGUAAACAAGAGAGUCACUGAGGGCUCCCGAGUGGUGCAGCGGUGUAAGGCACUACAUCUCA